GUUUUGAAAAACAAAUCAAAAGCGCGAUCCGUGAAGCAAAGACAUGCAAAGAGGGCUACCGGUAGAAAAAUAACGAAGCAUUAUCAAUUUUAAAUUAGGAACUGCAAAGAAAAGUACACAAGAAGCAAUGAUAUUAUCAAAGUGGAAAGAUUUAGUGAACGAAUGCGCUACACUUCUGAGUAAGAUAACUUCCAAUAUCAGCGUCAUGUUCGGCCAGUCGGGAGGCGUUAACGAGGUGCUGCUGUAUGGAGCCGGAGACGAGGAACAAAGAAGGCAAGCGGGCUUGAACAACCUUCUGUGCAUCUACUACACUAUGAUCCUCGCCAACAAAUCCAUAGAUGUCUGCUUACCGAUACUACGAAGCGAAACUAUAUUCAGGUGUCUCAUAAAUGCUCGCCAAAAAAGCGACGUAAAAAUACGACUGAUAUUGUACGACGAUUGCAAGAAGAAAUAUACGGAUGUGCUGAAGAAACAUGGAGUCGAAAUUAAAGUUGUAAAGUCCACGGUGAAAUUGGAACAUCAGUUCAUACUCAUCGACGUCACAGACCGCGAAGCCGUAGCGAUUAUAGGAUCUUUGGAUUACGACGUCAACCACGUUAAUCUCAACACAGACAAUACGCUGCUAAUCUCGGAUACUAACGCAGUCGCUCCUCUAAAACGCGAAUUCGAGAGAAUCUGGAACAAAUCUGACCUGGUAAACGUUAAAAAUAUAUAAAUGUGAAUGUUCAAAUAAAAGUAUUGGUUUCU